CGAGGAAGUCGAGUUUAGGGCUGAUGCGGAAUACCACACAUUUCUUUAAAAUGGAUUAGGUUCGACCAGAGCGAUUUAUUUACCUCCAUCCACCACAAAUGUAGAGAAUUGUUACCGGUUUACUAAACCGAUGAUCCCACAUCCAGUGUCGCUGUUACACGUGCUGGGAAAACAUGAUUCGGAGUUUUAGAUGACAUGAGUUGGAAAAGGGCGAUCGUGUGGUGAACGUGUUUCUGUGGUGGUGACGCCCGUCAUUAUAUCUCUAUUAACAGAUCCGACUGAACACAAUUCUAAUGACUGAUAGUUUCUUCCCACACUGUUAACACUAGCUUGGUUUAUUUCAUAAUAUAUAUUAAUAUUUAAUUCACCUUAUGGUCAUUUAUUUUCAAGCCUAACAAUAUGCUAAGGCAAAAAUAAUUAUUAAUUAUAUAUAAUAAGUCCCAAACUUAAUCAUUCUUAAUUAUUUAUAAGUUUCACCCUCAUAAACAUUCAGACAUAUUUUUACACAUAAAAUCAUCAUGUCAUUGGCUGAACAGUCACAAAAAUGGUUUCCGACUCAUGUCCAAGCCACGAUCCUCCAAGCAACAGACCUGCAACCAAAGGGCAAGAAUGGCACCAACGAUGCCUACACAAUCAUCCAGCUGGCCAAAGAGAAGUAUUCGACUUCUGUGAUGGAAAAGACCCUCAACCCAGUUUGGAAGGAAGAGGCUUCAUUUGAACUUCCAGGGCUACUCAUAGAGAGCAAUCCAGAGGUUUAUGAGCUAUGUCUCACUGUGAUGCACCGGUCCCUGGUCGGGCUGGAUAAGUUUCUCGGCCAAAAAAUCAUCAACUUGAAUGAUAUAUUUGACAAUAAGGAACGGCGGAAAACUGACUGGUACGAUUUGGAGUCACGGCCCGGUAAGAAGAGGAAAGACCGAGGGAAGAUUCAGGUCAGCAUCCAGUUCAUUCGGAACAACAUGACAGCCAGCAUGUUCGAUCUGUCAAUGCGAGACAAACCCAGAUCGCCUUUCUCCAAGCUCAAGGAGAAGAUGAAAGGUCGCAGGCACGAUAUGGCCUUUUCAGACACGUCGUCUGCCAUCCUUCCACACUCCGGCCAGAACGACAUCGAUUCCCUGUCAGACAAACAACAGCACCCUCAGGUUCCACGUGAACCCAAACCAAAACGCUCACUGCUCACUGGGACGCAGAAACUUUCUGCUGCUCAUUCCAUGUCUGAUCUAAUAGGAACACAUUUCAGGCCCAAAAUGGACUCUGUGAGCUCCAUUGAAGGGAAAGGGGGCGAUGUAUCUCACAGACACUCUCAGAGCGACGGAUACGGCUGCCCAGGUAGCGACAUCCCGUGCGAUCCCUUCUCCGACAUCGGAGACAACAUGCCCCAGAAAUUCGCCACCCUACCACGCAACCGCAAUCCCUUCGACGGAGAUCAGUGGGGGACAGAGAAGAAGGACAAGAAAGAGAAGCUUGGUCUUCUAGGCAGAGUGACCGGAAAGAAAGAAGGAAAGAAAGCAGGGGCACGGACCGGCAGCUCUGGAGACCUGCAAUCUCCAAACCCUUUUACUUCUGAACCCUCAAGUGAAACCAACCCAUUCUUUUCACACUACAAAUCCAGUGACAACAUGAAAAAUCCCACCAGUAAUGAGGACCUCACUCAGAAAUCCAAAACCUCCCCUGUUAAGAAGCUUGGCAUGAAAAACACAAGAGAACAGGAUGCCGAACAUCUACAGACAAGCAUGGCGGCCUACAGCAGACUCUCCUUUGAGGAAGUUGUGCAGGAGCUUAUCAAGCAAAAGGAGGUGGUGAGGAAGAAAGACGGUCAUAUUCGGGAGCUGGAGGACUACAUUGAUGACCUGCUGGUCAGGGUUAUGGAGGAGACACCGAGCAUCCUAAGAACCCCAUAUGAGCCUAAAAGGAAAGCUGGAAAGAUCUCCAAGAAGUAAAGAUGCUCUUAAGGGAGGCCUUGUGUUCUGAUCUUGCAAUUUAAAUAGCUUGUUGAAGGACAUUGAAUUGUAGGUAGUCGUAGAAAGCGUGUUUGCUCACACGUUUAGAUUUUAAAAAGAAGUUUGGCAGGUUUCUUAUGAAGUACGAUGGGCGCUAAAUACAGCGAUGCCAAACACACUUUUAGUUUUUGCGUCAAUGUUAUUUUUUGUUUGUUUUGUUUUUAGAGAGGCUGUUGAACUGUAGACUGAUACUUGUUGGAGAAGCAUUUACAAGCAUUCAAGAAAAGCUUGUGUGACCAAUAUUAUGUUUAUACCGAAAAUAACUGUUUUAAGUUGACUUGUACUUUGAAUUCAGUCAGUAGAGCAGGAUUCAGCACUUAAUACUAUAAUAAUAAUACUGUGUUUUGUAUUAUUUCGCAACGGUGUGACUGGGGUGGACUUUCCAUAUGAGGCCUUUCAUUUGCUGUGACACCGUUCACUCUUUGCAAACACUGUACGUCUUGCAAAAACGUGUGGUUUACCUGAAGAGGCGCAGGAAUUACUGGGACAGUGGAUGUUUACCAGUGUGUACAGUUUCCCGGUAUACCAUGCUGGUUUGACAGGGUCUUGAUAUUCUAUUAAUGUUGAGGUUAAGGCUGUAGAUUAUGAGUGAUCGCAUCAUAAUAUUAACAUUUUAUGGGUACCUUAUUCAUUUGUUAGUUGCAGGAUGCUGGUAUUGGAGCUUUAUCUUAGCAAAAACACUGGUACUAAGUUACACUACAAAAUAUUUAUUUUAAAUUGAUUACUAUGAACAAAAUAUAUAACACUGUCCAUAAAACGAAGAAACUGCCUUUGUAUUAUACAGACAGACGUUUAUUCAAAAUGGCAUUCAGCACAAAACAAAAAAUGUGUUUUAUUCCCCGUUUUGACAACUGAACUUAAAUUGAUUUUAAAACAUUCAGAAUUAAACGACUGCAUGCAUCGGUUAGUUUGGUACAGUAUACCGGCUUGAAUCGGUGCGGGAGUGUUUCAUCCAGUGCUUCUUUAUAAAAACAUUUCAUUACAAUGUAGGGCAUGUUUCAUGCUACAACAUGAGAAGAACUAAGGUGGACAGAAACUAGCUUUUAAAGAGAGGAAAAUAGUUUACAGAUUUCUUUUGUUUAGAGUAACAGUUUGUGCUUCUGGAUAGUGUGAAUUGCCUUUUCAGGACACUGACAGUGUUUACUGUGAUCUAAAUCACUUUCUAUCAUCUGUAGUACAUAUCUGGUGAGAUCUGAGCAUUUACAGUAUUUUGCACAUUGGGCUGUUACCCUGGAGUUUCUGUUUAUUGAAAUGCUUUACUGCAUUGGUGUGUCUGCGCACCAAGAAGUUUUAUCCAAACUGUACGUUAGAGAAACGAUUGUGAAAAAUAUUUGUAAUGGCAACUCUGUUAACUAAUGUACUAUACCCAUUUUAAGAAUGUUACCCCUUUAUGUACAAAACUCAUUCAGGGCAAAUAUUAGGCCAUGAAGCCCCUUUUUGGAUAUUUUUAACAUGUAUAUGCUCCCCGGAAAGCUUCCCAAGGGUAGUUUGUGAAUUUACCUUGGUAAAAACACUGUGCUGUUAGCCAAGCAAGUCUGAACGAUGAAGACAUGUAUUCUAAAACCUGUAAAUUAAUGCUGUUUUGUUUUAAGUACAUUUUAUUUCUUUGCCAGUAGCCUAUGUUGUUGGAGAGGUUUACAUGUAUUUAAAAGAAAAUCUUUGUUGAAAUCCUCCGUGCCAUCAUUCAGUGUUACACAGUUGUUGAGGCCGUGACUCAAUGUCAGUUUGAGAACUAAGAACAUUAAGAGCAACCAUAAUAUCAUUCUGUUUACAUUGUAUUGUUUUAAUAAGACUUGAUUUAUUGACUUUUUUGUCUGAUUUAAUCACCUUUUUAUAUUCUGUAAACAUUGUUUCUCAAACAUUUUGUUUGUCGCUGGCCAAAAUAAUCAAUUGAAUGUCUUUAAUUCUUCAAGAGCGUGUGAUCAAAUAUGGUUCCAAAUGAGUUCAGAUUUGCUGUAGAUCUCAUUGUAGUAGUUGUUAAAAUAUGCUGACUCGAGUGAACAGUAUGUAUUGUGUUAGUAUCAUGUUCAGCAGAGCACUUUUCCUUCUGUUUUGUCUUAUAGAACUGGAACUGCUAUGCAUCUCUCUUUAGAGCAAUUCUGUGUAGUACUCUGAAUGUAUUUUGACCAAUCAGCAAUGUCUGUAAUCGCAAACACAGUGUUGAUGACACUUUGUAGAUCAUCUAGCACUUCAGUUAUCACUUUUUAUUCAUUAUACAGCUGAAAUUAAGAUGACACUUGCAUUUACACUCAUUUUUCCUUUUACUCAUACUAAAAUAGCAGAACAGUAAUGUUGUGCUUUCUAUCAUAUUAACAAGAUAUACGAUAAACAAGAGCCACAAAAUUCAAAUAAAACUUUGCAAUGAAAUUAUGGUUUUUAUUAUCAACUUUUGGUCUUUUGUAUGCAUAACAUACUGUCUCUGGUGCUGCAGUUAUCUCACACAUUUGUAACAGUAUCAUAUGUAUGUUUCUGUUUCACCUUUUCUACACUUCUCAUUCCUUUGAAAUAAUUCUUCUUCCAAAAACUAGAUUUUCAAAUAUUGUGUAAAUAACACAAAAUAGGGUAUUAGAAAAUCUUAGUGAUCAUCAUGGAGAAACUAGAUUUUGGUACCGAGACACUUUCCUGUAGGCAAGUUACAUUCAACAUUUUGUGUAGUUGUAGUUCUUCAUGUGACAGAUUUAUCCAGAAGUUACAGGUCUGUCUUUGCAUUCUUGGCAUGUGGCAUGAAUGAGUAUAGAAGAGAGAGUUAAGUGUAUUGUCUUUGUGGCUACCAUAAUAAUGAUGGAACAGCCCCUUUCAAUAAAUCUUCUGUACUUUA